AAAACAAAUUCUAUGAUCUUUGUAUUUUUUAAAUGUAAAAAUUAUUUUGGAGAAUUUCCUAAGAAUAUCUUUAAUCUGUCGCAAACGCGAGAGAAUGGAACAGAUUCAUAGAACUACAGAACACACCAUGGAUUUCUACACCACCAGCUUUCUGAAAAUCUGUAUCCACGUUCUCUAAUUUCGUCUUCAACUUCGUCUUGUUUCGAUCUUCCUCCCACCCAUCCAUGGAUUCUCGUCUUAACUUUUUGCUUCUUUUAGCGACUGCAUUUUCAUUCUCAACCUGCCUUGCACAAAGCAAUUUGAUUAGUGGCCGGAAGGGUUUAAGAGAUCAAUUGGUUGAUAGACCUUUGAGCUACUCAAAUCAUUCAGGAAGAAUCGACCCAUCAAGAGUUGUCCAAGUCUCUUGGCAACCAAGGGUUUUCUUGUAUAAAGGUUUUCUCUCAGAUGAGGAGUGUGAUCAUCUGAUUUCUUUGGCUUCAAAUUCAGAAGACAAUCCUUCUGGGAACAGUGCUGGUUCCGGGAACACUGUCUCCACCAAAUUGCUAAACAGUUCAGGAGUCAUUUUAAACACAUCAGAUGAUAUCAUUGCAAGAAUUGAAAAUCAAAUUGCAGUAUGGACUUUUCUUCCAAAAGAUCAUGGCAUGCCUUUUCAGAUCAUGCAAUAUAGGGGUGAAGAAGCAGAACAUAAGUACUUUUAUGGCAACGGAUCUGCAAUGUCGUCCAGUGAGCCUUUGAUGGCCACAGUAGUUUUGUAUCUCUCAGAUUCUGCUCGCGGUGGCGAGAUGCUCUUUCCAGAAUCAAAGGUAAAGAGCAAGUUUUGGUCAGACCGUAGAAAGAAAAACAACUUUCUGAGACCAGUGAAAGGCAAUGCAAUUCUUUUUUUCUCUGUGCAUCUAAAUGCUUCUCCAGACAAGAGCAGCUACCAUACUCGAUCUCCAAUACUCAAUGGGGAAUUAUGGGUUGCUACAAAAUUCUUCUACUUAAGACCAACCACUGGGAACAAACGCACAGUUGAAUCCGAUGUAGACGGGUGCAUUGAUGAAGAUAAAAGCUGCCCUCAAUGGGCUGCCAUUGGCGAAUGCGAACGAAACACUGUGUUCAUGAUCGGUUCUCCAGAUUACUAUGGUACAUGUAGAAAAAGCUGCAAUGCAUGCUGAUACAUAACCAAAUUCAAGUAUCGUCCUGAUUUGAGCAAGUAUUUGUUUAUUUUUUCUGAUCUCAUACAAGUACCACUCCGAAUGAGUGUAUUUUCUUCCUUUUUUGGGGUUAUUGUUUGGAUAUUGGAUUGUAUUGGCAUAUCUCUUGGUUAGUAGUUCUUGCACCUUAAGAACUAUAUAGGAUUAGGAAUUCUAGUAACAUCUCAUAAAUAUAAUAUUAAACCACAUCUUCCGUAUGUCUUGGGAUUA